UGUCAAACGGCAGUCUGUGUUGAGACUUCUUGCGGUUAAAGUCUCCGCGCACGUUUUCUUUGUUGUCGCAGCGGAUCUUGCGGUUGGUUAUUUUUUAUUGCCGGAGGCAUUUUUUCACUUGACGGCACUUUGUAUUUUUCCGUAUGUCGAGCGCUGGGUGCUUCGAGCUAUUGGAAAUUUAUUGUGUUCGUUGGACGACUCGGUGCGUGUACGCUGUUUCUGUACGUGAGUGCUAAGUGAAAAUAUAAACACGUUCUCUUGUCUGUCCUCGUGUAAGGUGUGGGGGAAAAAAGAGAAAGGAAGAACUGUCUGCGCCAUUGAGAAUAUCGAGUAAGCCGGACCAGCCGAAAGGGAACGGGUUGGCCUGCGUGGAAACCAAUUACGUUCGGACGCCAUGGGAAAGAUUCAUCAAUGAUCCAUUCUUAUCCACGUCCCACGCACGGAUCAUCUUUCCGCAUAGGCACUAUAGUCCCGGUCCAUACGCAAGCGGUGAUGCUGCAUCCAAUAUCCGACGAAGGUUAUCGUCUCCAGGUCGAUCCACUCGAUACCGAAGUGACUUCGCAGGGAGCACUGUCUUCUUCCGGCUACAGGAGGAAGUGAUGUUGUCUCGCGGAUGCAAUGUCUCUGGCCGCAGCUGUGGCACUGUGGCACCGCGCCCACCUCUACAAGGCCCUGGCGUGUCUCGUGCUCGCGCUGAUUGCGCUGCAGUAUCUCCUUAGCGGGAUACUGGAUCGAAGAUCGAUCGAGACGAUCUUCACGAUCAACGCCACUCGCUACGCCGACCACUCUUACAGAAAUCAUCCACGAGGUCUGAUCAUCUAUGGUCCAGCUACGGCGUCCACCUAUUCCAGAAGCACUAACGGCAACGUCUCAUCCAUGACCUUCCUUUUGGACUCUGUGUCACGUGCUGUCAAUAACAACGUGUCCAGAUCCGAGGCUGCUCCAACCGGCACAUCCGGUGGCAGCACUGGUACGGGCAGUGGCAGUGGUAGUGGUGGUUCGGCGGUCUUCCAAGAUGUGCUAACACAUAACAAUACGGACAGUAUAUUACUUGAGAGAUGUCCGCUCAUCCCCCCAAAUCUCAUCGGUCCAGUCACGGUAAACACGUCGCCCCCGGAACUUCCGGUUAUCGAGAAGACGCUCGCAGACGUGAAGCACGGCGGAAAAGGCUGGCCAAGCGAGUGCAUAGCCAGACACAAGGUUGCCAUAAUCAUCCCCUAUCGCGACCGGUCGCAGCAUCUUCAAACUCUCCUGUACAAUCUGCACCCAAUUUUGUUAAGGCAACAGAUCAAUUAUCAGAUAUUCGUCGUGGAGCAAGAAGGCAACGGACAGUUCAAUAGGGCGAUGCUCAUGAAUGUCGGAUAUACCGAAGCACUGAAGGAGCGAUUGUUCGAUUGCUUCAUUUUCCAUGACGUUGAUCUUUUACCCGAGGACGACAGAAAUUUGUACACUUGUCCAGAACAGCCACGGCACAUGUCAGUAGCCGUGGACAAGUUUAAGUAUCGGCUGCCAUACGCGGAUAUAUUUGGCGGAGUGUCAGCAAUGUCGCGGGAACAUUUUCGCCUGGUGAAUGGAUUCAGCAACGCCUUUUGGGGUUGGGGUGCAGAAGACGACGACAUGGCAAAUCGCGUCAAGGCCCACGGUCUCCAUAUAUCACGCUAUCCCGCGAACAUUGCUCGCUACAAAAUGCUUACACACAAAAAGGAGAAGGCCAAUCCAAAGAGGUACGAGUAUCUUAAAACCGGAAGGAAAAGAUUUGCUUCCGACGGCCUGACUAAUCUUCGGUACGAGCUAGUGAAGAAGGAAAAGCCAAAAUUAUACACCUGGCUUCUGGUGAGAAUAUCGCCACCACAACCCAGCUGAUGGCUACCUUGGAUUGGCUAAAAACCCUUUCGUCAACCCCUCACCCACCCAGUGUCUCACUCUGUGUAUGUACGACUGAAAUUACAAGACUCCAUUCUCCAUUCUUGCGCAUAAACAAUGAAGAAUCUACGAGAAUCGAGCGAGACGAUAUUUUUUAUUUUUUUUUUUUAACUGUAUCCGAAUUCACUGAAACUGAGUCUCGCAUUUAUACAAAACUCAAUGCAUCGAAAGGUCUUUUAGCCAAGAUAACUGAAUAGCUUUUUCGUUUUCAUGUAACGGCUACGAAAAAGAGAGAAAGGGAUCCCCGUAAGCCGUGGACUCGAGAAUUCGAGAAUUCAAAGCUUAAUUAAGGUAAACAGCCCAGUUAGCGACACUUUAGGAGCGGCCGUGUCCGAUUUUUGCUAUUUAUUCACGUGUGAUAUGGCCAAACUGAAAACUAAAAGUUUCAACACGUGCGUUAAAGCCCUCCGAAUGAGAUUCACCUGUUAUACAAGUGAAACAAUUAAGGUUUAUUAAUAAAAUCAUUGUCUUAAUAGUGCUUCUCCGCUUCCGGGGUUUCUGACACUCGAGAAACACCCAUAUCCUAGUUUAUGAUCCCUGGGUGUACCCGAUUUAUGACACCCUUGGCGUAAUUUAUGAUGCCUGCGCGUAUCUACUUUCUGACACUCCCGAAUAUCCCCAUACAAAACGGGUUUAAUUGCAAUUUAUGUAAUUUCAUGGACACACAUUAGGUAAAAACAACGAAAAAUGUUUAGUUAAUGCACGACUACUUUAUUUUCUUUACAUGUGUAAAAAAUAUUUUAAAAAAGCAAAAAAUUAUCAAGAUUACUUUUGUUUUUAUCUCUUUCUUUUUUACUCAUUACACGGAAAAUUAGAAUAAAUAAACAAAGCAAAUUAUUUGACGCAACAGGUGAUAAAUCGAGGGUCAACAACAGGAGCAUAACCUCAAUUAUGUGACGCACUUAUUGAAUUACGCACCCUGCGAAUUUGAACAAAUAUCUAACCAAAGUUAAAUAAUUUCUUAUCUCAUCAAUAUUCUGGUUCCUGCUGAAGAUGCUGACACCAUUUUUAUGUCGUUUUAUACUUACAUGACGAAGAAAAUUCACAAUGAAGUAGCUUGUUGCAACCACGGUCUUAGAUACAGGUCUUGCCUGGAGGGGGUAGUCUUCUUAGAGAAGCUUCUUUCAUUUCGUCUCAUGACCACAAGAGGCGUUGUGAUCAAGCGAUCCGUUCCUAUUUCUCUCUCCCACAGCCGAUUGUAGAGUGAGAUAGAUAAGGGGGUCGCUCGAUCACAGCGACGCUUGUCACUAAAAGUUAAAAUGUGAUAAACGUGUUCUACAAUACAUCUAUCCCCACCGCUGAAAAUUGGGCGAGGUGCAAGACCUGUAUGUUAGACCGUGGUUGCAACUACUGCCACCGUCUAGCACUGCCGCUGCGGAGCCACUGAGACGCGUGUCGCACUAUUCACUGGUCAAUUUCUAUUCCAAAAUAUUUCAUUUAAAAAAGUGUGUUUCUCCAAUAAUUAAAAGUGAAAAACGCUUUUUAAUUAGCCGGUAAUUGAAUUAUUAUUCGACAAAAACUGUAUUUCUGACAGUCAAAAUUACGCCGUCGGGGUCAUAAUCUGGAACAGGGUCAGUAACUGGGCCAUUUACCUUAUACGGAAUUCUUACGUCCAAAGAAAAUAUUCUUAGGCAGUUGCGUUGCGUAGGGAGCUUAACAAUGUAAAUUCCUUUAAUCGUGAUAUUAAUUGACAGUAUUGUCAGUUGAGAGAAAGAGAGAGAGACAGAGAGAACACUAUGGUACGAUGAAGUUCUACUUUUACUCACAUUAUUAAUUUUUUGACGCUUCGGUAGAGUUCGCCUACUGAUCUCGCGAAUUUUUUAUUCGAUGCAGAAACGAUGUUAAACAAUAUAUUUUUUAUGUCGAAUAUUUUUUUUAUUAGUCACUAAGUAACAGCGUUAGCUGUAAAGUGUCGAAUGAUGAAGCGUGCCAAAAGUUUUACGACGGGUACGUUUAAUGUCUUCGCGUUUAUCACGUUACUUCCAUGUUACCCUGGAUAUAUUAGCUGUGAAAAUUUUGUUUGAUUUUGUUAAUUAAUUUCAUUAUCACCCACAGCGUUAUUUCAUUCUAGUAAAUAAUGCUUCCGUUUUUACGGCUUACGCACCCUUAUCGCGCACCCCCAUUAUAUUUACUUAUUCCGCUGUACAGUUCUUUUUGGAAAAUAAGCGGUGACAAUGAAGUGGGAAUUUUGCAAAGUGGCGUCACACGGCGAAUUCUGGUACUACACGAUACUUCAAUAAUAAUAUUAUUUAAUUAUAACGCAACAAUUGUAUAUUCUUCAUAGGUUGGGUUAUCAUAGGACACGUUAUCGUGAUUAUUAUUAAUCUAUAAUUUCGUGUGACACUGGGAUAGAAAUUUGUUUUUUUGAAAACCUUUCGAAUGAAAAAGAGAUAAAUUGGUAAUCUUUUGAUAUUUCGCAAUUCGCUGCAUGCUCUUGGGAAUUGACAGGAUUUCAUUUUGCAAUUAUGAAAUUAACUAAUCAUUUUUUUUUGUAUCCAUUUUCAAUUUUCACCAUAUUGGUCAGAAUUGUUUUUUUUUUUUAAAUGCCAACCGUUUUCCGAUAAAGGCGCUUCAGUUUUAUUUCUAUCUGCGUCUGGUAAAAAUCCAUACGGCAAUAGCGGUGCUACGUGCUAAAUCAAAAAUAGAAUUGAAAUCACUAAUUUUGUCUGAAUAAAAAAAAAAUGGAAUACCGAAAAACUCAUCAAAUUUUCAACGAACGCGUAAUCUCACUUCCGUCACGAUUAAGCUAUGCGUACGUCUAUUCCAAUGAUAUUGUGGAAAUUGAUUUAAUUCCAAAUUAUAAAGUAAAAUGAAACCGCAUUACUUCAUACCUCGACGCAUUUAUAGGAAAUCGUUAAGUCACGCGUAUGUACUCUAUGCACCGAUAAAUACGCAACGACGCGAUAUUGUGCAAAUAUAACUCAUAAUGAAGUGUUAAGUGCGAGAUAAACGAUCGAGAACGGGCUGCGAGCGCUGCACUUUCAUUUUGCACGUAAAUUGGCAAGUCAGAAAAGGAAAGUGAAAGAAAGAGACAUUGACCUAGAGGUGACAAAACGUUGAACGAAACUUAACGAAUCUCCCAGAUAAAUCUUGUAUCUUAUUUUAAUUUCCUCUUAAAAAAAAAAGGUAUAUCGCUUUAAGAGUUAAAAAUUAUUUUUGUAUUUUAAAUCAAAAUAAUUCUCAAGCGCAAGAUUCGAUGAAACAAAUAAUUAGUUAAGAAAAAUUCUAAUACUUAAAAAGCAAAAUCCUCUGUUAUUUUUCCUUUACAAUCAUAAAUCAAUCGCACUUAAUUAAAAUGCCCAAAAAUUGAAGAUCGAUGCGAUUACUUGUGAUUUAUUGAAAUUAUAAAAGGAAAAUAUGAAAAAGAUACUCCACCACACCAGUCUACAUAUGUAUAACGGCUAUGUGUAUGUACGAUUUUCAACGAUUGUUUUCAUUUAGCCUAAUGAGAUCACUGUACGAUGUAAUUACCAAUUGUAAUAUAUAAUCAAGGUUAAAUAUAUAUUAGUCAAGCUAGGCGAAACAGCGUCUUACGGGAACUUAAUAAUAUUAUGUAAUCUCUGCAGCGUGAGAACCGAAGUAGCAAAAGCCUCGCGUUAAACUCAGGAGAGUGUUUUGAUAUCGCAGUCAGUAGGUAGCGCGUUACUUGGAGAACUAAGAAAAGGAGUAGAGAAAGAGAUGAAAAGAAAAAAAGAAAAAAUUGACAAGUGAUAAAGAAGUGAAUACGUGAUACAUAUAUGAUCCAGAGAAUCUUCCAUAACUAAUUUAAUUCCGUUUCCUAUAUUUACAUUAAGUAUGUCAUUCUGACAUAAUGUUAUUGUAUACUCGAAUUAAUAUAAUUAUACAAUAUAUCGUUUUACCUUAAUUGUCUUUAUUGUACAUGUGAUCGUUAAGCCUUAACGAGGUAAUGGCGUUCUCACGCUGUGGAUACGAUUAAAUUUAUCAACCAGCAAAGACAGAAUAGUGAUAUUAUGGAUUAUUGCGAUAAAAGGAUAUAAUAUUUAAGUAUUUAUAUAAUACCUAAUCGCUAGCUCGAGAAAUGCGCAUAUGUAUAGACGAUUAUAUUAUUAUAAGUUCUAAAGCAUAAAUUGAAGAUUCAACGUGCGAUACUUAUUAAUUUGUCUAAGAAAGAAGGAACGAAUAAGAUCACUAUACUGUAAAUUGCGAAUCUUAAAAAUUCGGGCGUAAAAUAAAAAAUGUUGAACAUCCAUUUAUUACGUGUACGCGAUUAUGGUACAUUGCAUGCAGACGUGUAAUAAUUAUGAAAAAAAUCGAUUAUAAUAGUUAUCGAGACCUUUUGUUUGGCUAUUACGGGGAUCGGUCAAUGUUUGACGAAAUACAUUUUUCUCCUAUUUUUGGUAUUCCGUUUAUCCAUUAGUCAAUCAAUCCUUAUGCGAUAAUGCUGUGUUGAGUUUGUAUGUAAGUGCCGUGAAUUAGUGUUAAAAGUUUUUAAAACUUUUUUUUCUUUGUUAUACACGGCUUCUUGAAUUUUUCCGAAAAUUUGUAGAGGAUUGUUUAGCGGAGAUAAAACAAAAUUAAGGAGAUGUCAGUGACAAAGGAUAAUGUAGUGCAUUUUUAAAAAACUGGACACUCCUUAUGUGCCGACUGGGCGAGCGGGUGUGUAUGAAUUUCCUAAAGAAAAAGAAAACAAGGUACGCACUUUUCAUCGUGACUUUUGAAAUCGAACGAAGUAUAUUUCAUGUACUCUGUAAUGUUGAAGGUAUUUUUUUAUUUGUUACGUCAUGCGUGUCAGGAUGUUUAAUACGGCUUACGUUUCGCUUCAAAUAGAAUACAUUAAUAUGACGCGAUGCAGAACUCAUGGAAACUACGUUUACAGUGUAAUGGAACAAUAAAUUAUAUUGAAAAUAUUAGUCA